ACAAAUCCUUCCUUGUAAGCGUGCGCAAAUGACCAGCGGCCAGGAACCAGGAAGAACGCAAAACCAUGUCGCUGUGCUUUACCGACGAGCAAUUUCAAGACGCUUGGGGGGAACUGGACGAACCUCAGCUAGACGGGGGUUGGGAGUUUUUCACAGAAACCAUGGGCGUCAAAAUUUACCGAUUGUUCGACAAGGAAACGGGACUUUAUGAGUACAAAGUAUUCGGCGUCCUCUCCUCUUGCGACCCGGACCUGUGUGUCGAGGUAUAUAUGGAUUUGGCAUAUCGGAAGCAAUGGGACGGCUACGUGAAAGAACUUUAUGAGAAGGACUAUGAUGGACAGACAUCAAUCUACUGGGAGGUGAAGUACCCGUUUCCUCUGUCAAACAGAGAUUAUGUGUACAUGAGGGAGAGGAGGUUGCUGAAGCCAGAGGGCAGGAGGAUCUGGGUGGUUUUGGCCCAGAGCUCCUCUGUGCCUCAAUGCCCAGAGAAAAGUGGCAUCCUGAGGGUCAAGGACUACAAGCAGAGCCUGGCCAUGGAGAGCGACGGUGCCUCUGGGACCAAAGUAUUCAUGAACUACUUCGACAACCCAGGCGGUUCAAUUCCAACCUGGCUGAUCAACUGGGCUGCCAAGAGCGGUGUGCCUGCAUUCCUUACUGACAUGCAGAAGGCCUGCAAAAAUUACCCAGAAUAUUGUAAGAAAAGCAAGAAGUAACUGCACAGAGGUCACCAUGGGGUCAUCACUGGGUCACCACAGGGUUGCCAUGAGGUCACAAGAGCUGCCUUUUCACCUCUUCCUUCCCCCCAUUGUGGUGUCUACUGUAAACCUACUGUAGGAGGUAGUAAUCAGAAUGCAGCUCAACAGGGCAUUGUGAGCUACAGUAUAUUUAGGAUUUUGUGUAAUUUUAAUAUGUAACUGAUAGAGUGUUCAGUCCUCAGUACUCAGGGGUCUGGUGUCUACACGCUACUGUAAGACUGGGUGACAAAGGCUUAAAACAACAUCCAUCAGGAACUAAAUACACACCAUAAAAGUGAGAAAAAGGAAAGCAAUGACAAGAAGAAAGAGUGAGAGAAGGGAGGUAGAAUGGAGUGGGAAAGUAAAGGGUUAAUGAAGAUGGCUGAAUGGUACUUCCAGGUGUUCUUUAAAACUGAUGUAUUCAGGUCAAAUUCAGUCAUUUGUUUUCAAUCGAUAACCUGGUCACAUCUGGGGCCUCUGAGUCAGAGACUAGUUAUGUCUUGGGGGGCUUAGGUGGAGGGACGUGAUAGAGCCAUAACCAUGGAUAUCACCCCAAAAAUCCUGAUCAACUACAUGAGAGGUGCUCUGAGAUGACUGCAUGACCCAGGUUUUGUCCUGUCUGCUUGGCCUGUAUUUAUUAAUCUGUCAAGAUUUUCUUUCUUGGUUUGAAAGUGUUCUCCUGUGGUAUGUUUUAAGUAAUUCUAGCACGAGGUGUUUUUAUCUUGUGGUUUGUGGUCUUUGUUGUUAUGUGAAAAUGGAUGCUUGAUUGGGGAGUGUGAUCAAAUGAAAGGUAUAUUGGCAUUAUUUUUGCGCUGAA